GUCAUCGAAUUAUGGCUGAACGGGGCGUACCGUUGAUAGACCACCAUAUGUUUGAAGAUCACAUGAUGCUCCGCCGAGCUGCCGUGGAAUGCGUCGCAAACAUGGCCCAGUAUCAUGCGUUUGUUGUUUGUUGCGGAGGCACACUUCCUCUGGACGACGGCGAUCUCGGUGCAAAGUUGCCAUUUCUGCGCUCGGCGACUGAACGCGUCAAGCUUCUGGUGCUAUAUUGUUGUGAGUUUGAAGACUUACUGCUAGUCCGUGCUGCUGUUGGAGCGCUGGCCACCAUGUCAUACGAUCCAGGCAUUAUUACUCUGAUCACCAAGACAUCCACUUGGUUUGAGACCAUACAGACACUGGCUGGUCACGACGCAUGCGAGAUUCAGCAUCGUGCGGCGCACCUGCUCCGCAACAUGGUCGUACAUGGUCAGCGGUCAUUUUGUGAGUUUCUCUACAAAUCCACCAUGCUUGAGGUAAUCAUGUCCCUAAGCCAACUGCCUGAAAUCUCUGCGGAUGAAUCAAUCCCACAAGAAACAAUCUCCAUGAACCCUGGUAUUUCACAAGUCAGGCUUCGAGAGAUGAUGAUGGAAGAUCGCCGCUCCACUGUCCGAUGUGCAUCGGAGGCUCUGCGCCAAUUGCAUCAAUAUGGGCUAGUGGAGCGCGUUCCUGCCUCCCAUGGAAGUAGCUAGAAUGAUCUCGGUUUCCUCGCUGCCAUGGAGAUCCGCCACUAUAUUGCUCUUACCAAUUAAUUACCCAUCUCAAGUGCCUUGCGAUACUAUCUCACCCAAGUGCAUUUAUCCGGCGUUCUUGUUUACUCAGUACUUUACGCUUUUUUCCUUUUACGUUCCUGCCUUUUAUAUGCCGCUAUCUUGUUGCUUUCUCACGUACCACUCUAACAAAUAGAGCCACUGAAACGAUGCAGCAA